GGAGUCAGCCUUGGCUUUCAAACACACCGCGAUCCCCGCGCCCCGAAUGGCGCUGCGCGGCUGGGUGCACGCAGCGUGCGCGCCCGUGGGAACCGGGCAGGGGGUCUGGUUUGUGGCACAGACUAGGGGGGCUUCCUGGGGUGUCUCGAGUGGUUUUAGGAGCGGGGCGGGUGGGACCGUCCCGGGUUUGCUGCGCGAGCUCCGCGCGGGGCGGGGCGGGGCGGGGCGAGGCGUGAGGUCACCCCCCCGCCGCAGCCCUGCCAGGUGACGCCACGGCUGACAUCACAGGGUUACGCCUGCGCUAGGAGCCCCAGCAUGGAGGCUUGCGAGCGGCUGCAGCGGAUCCGGAGACACGUGCGGCUCGUGCCGGACUUCCCCAGCCCCGGCGUGCUGUUUCGCGAUAUCAGCCCCUUGCUAAAGGAUCCCGACGCCUUCAAGGCGGCCAUCGAUCUCCUGGAGACCCAUCUGAGGGCCACCUGCCCGCGCGUAGACUACAUCGCAGGUCUGGACGCCCGCGGCUUCCUCUUUGGGCCUCCUCUGGCGCAGAGACUGGGCAUCGGCUUUGUGCCAAUACGCAAAAAGGGGAAGCUGCCCGGCCCCACGGAGUCGGUGUCCUACGCCCUCGAAUACGGCCAGGCUGAACUAGAAAUCCAGAGCGAUGCCGUGGAGCCGGGAAAGAAAGUGGUCCUCGUGGAUGACCUGCUUGCCACUGGCGGUACCAUGUGCGCGGCCUGCGAGCUGAUGAAGCGGCUGAAGGCCGAAGUGCUCGAGUGCCUGGUGGUCAUCGAGCUGCUGUCUCUGAAAGGGGCCGAGAAGCUGCAGCCUUUCCGUCGCCACUCCCUGCUGCAGUACGACUAGCGCUCGGAGCAGACCGCCCCGGCUGCCUGGCUAGGGCCAGGUCUCGCUCCCACCGCUUGCAUGAAGGUUGUUCGAAACUCCUAAUAAAACAAACCUCGCUGUCGGCCAGGGGCGAUAUCAGCCCGUUGCUAAAGGAUCCUGAUGCCUUCA